CGCCGCGCGCCGCCGGGCGGGGUCCCUGCCUCCGGGGUGCUGGGGACUGGGGACUGCUCUGCACAGUCGGGCACGGGGAAGCAGCUUUAGUCCACGCGGAGGAUGUGAGCGGGACUGAGUUAGGAGCCACGUGGAAGCAUGGAGACUGUGGUGAUUGUUGCCAUUGGCGUGCUGGCCACCAUCUUUCUGGCUUCGUUUGCAGCCUUGGUGGUGGUUUGCAGACAGCGCUACUGCCGGCCCCGAGACCUGCUGCAGCGCUAUGAUUCCAAGCCCAUUGUGGACCUCAUUGGUGCCAUGGAGACCCAGUCUGAGCCCUCUGAGUUAGAACUGGACGAUGUUGUCAUCACCAACCCUCACAUCGAGGCCAUUCUGGAGAACGAAGACUGGAUUGAAGAUGCCUCGGGCCUCAUGUCCCACUGCAUUGCCAUCUUGAAGAUUUGUCACACUCUGACAGAAAAACUCGUUGCCAUGACAAUGGGCUCAGGGGCCAAGAUGAAGACUUCAGCCAGUGUCAGUGAUAUCAUUGUGGUGGCCAAGCGGAUCAGCCCCAGAGUGGACGAUGUUGUGAAGUCAAUGUACCCUCCGUUGGACCCAAAACUCCUGGAUGCACGGACAACUGCUCUGCUCUUAUCUGUCAGUCAUCUGGUGCUGGUGACCAGGAAUGCCUGCCACCUGACCGGGGGCCUGGAUUGGAUUGACCAGUCACUGUCAGCUGCUGAGGAGCACUUGGAAGUCCUUCGAGAAGCAGCCCUUGCUUCUGAGCCAGAUAAAGGCCUCCCAGGCCCUGAAGGCUUCCUGCAGGAGCAAUCAGCCAUUUAGUGCCUGCAGGCCAGCAGCUAGCCAUGAGGCCAGCCUGCAGCCAUCCCUGGGUGUCUCAGCUGAGCCUUCCACUUUCUCUUGUAGAGUUAGUUGUUCUCCACAGCUCAGGAGUCCAGGUGUGUGUGCACAGGAAAGCAGGGGAGCCCUGUCAGUUGUUGCCUCUGUUGUAAUUGCUAAUGGUGGCUGGUGAGUGGCAGUCUAAUACCACAGUUAUGGGAGAGGCCGUUCACCAUCUGUACAGCAGAAUGUUGAAAACUGGUGGAACUCAGCUUUAUUUAGCUCACCUAGUGUUUUCAAGAAAAUCAAGCCACUAUCUAAGAAUCAAGAGGUUUCACAUUAAAAUCAGAAUUUCUGGCUUCUCUUGAACAAUCAGAAGGCGGAGCAGAUCCAGUUUGCAUUUUCAAAAGAGGACAAUCAAUUGGAACUAAGUAGGGGCUGCCUCUUUUGGCAAGACUGGUACUCUCUCACCUGGCCUAUUUCAUUUAUUUGUAUUAUCUGUCCAGUCCCUGAGGCAUCUGAAUCUCCCCUGCCCUUUAUAGGUUUGGUUUUGAAGCUGAGCUCUACAAAGUUGAUUAUUUCCUUUUUAUCAUUAUGCCUGCAAUUUUUCCUAGCUACCACUAGGUGGAUAGUAAAUUUAUACUUAUGUUUCCCUCAA